AUGCGCGCGCGGUCCCCACACAGCAAAGACCUCAAACCUCAGACGGAAGGUGCCAGGGCAGACCAGGGGGGGAACCCGUGGCUUCCGAAAAUCCCGCCGCCAAGCACUACUCCGUACUCCGUUCGCAAAAAGUUACCGACGCCGUUUAUCGUCACCGAGGAAACUUCGAUGGUGGCGGAAGGGUACACUAAACGGUCGUGUCUCUCCGCACUCUCGACCUCGACGCCGCAAAGCUGCGUCGAGGAACCGAUUGCGGCAACCAAUCCAUCAACCACCGUCCCUUCCCCGCCUAGUGUAAUGCCUGAUCUGGUGACGCCCAAUUUUCCCCCGCUCACUGAAGCUGCACCUGGCAGCUUCACCGACUCGUCGCCUCCUCUCUCCAGCUUCGACGCUUCUGCGCGGAGAGCUUGCAUUGUCAGCGGGUCGCAACCCCACACGCGGACUGCGACCGUGUCGCCGCAGCGGCUUCAUUGGAGAAGGCUGGCACACGAAAUCCUGACCGUCCCGGGCGUGGCGCCAUGCUCUCCCGCGUGCCACCAAUGA